AUGAAGACAAUAUCUAUUAACAGUGUUCCCAGUUCCGAUAUUCCUUCCCAACAGGAACUACUAACUGAAAAAAAUCCAUCAACUAGCAAUGAAGAGGUAAAUGACCAAGGAAUAAAUAAAUCGCAAAAUUUAAAUCAUUAUAGUGAAGCUUUAGAAUCGGCCCAAAAUCAAAAAGAAAGGAUGACUUUACCAAUUUCAGAAUAUGAAAAUACAUCCACAAAAUCAUUACCUGACUCAUCAUUAUCUUCAUAUGAGCAAACUAUUCAUAUACCAAAUAUAAAUACUGGUCAGGAAAUAAUUGACGAACCAAAAGAAGUUAAUAAUAGUGAAUUACCACCACCUAAAAAAGAUAACAUUGUUCAAAAUGAAAUUAAUAACAUGGAACUUGAUUCUUCCAACAAUUUAUCUGGUAAUAUUGAUCAAAAUUUUGAUAGAGAAUAUCGCUAUAAGUUUCGUAGUCGCCAUUCUCCAAACUCCCGAAUAGGAAAUGAAAAAUCAGAUAAUGAUAAUAAUAAGGCCCCAUUUAGUUUGCGUAAAUUAACAGAUGCUGAAUUCCAAGCUCUGCCUUCAGGGUCUCGUUUGUUUUUAGGAAAUUUAUCCACUCAAUCGAUUUCCAAAAAAGAGCUUUAUGAUAUCUUUUCUCCUUAUGGAGAGGUUUUUCAAAUAUCUAUUAAAAAUAGUUUUGGAUUAGAAGUUUCUCACGGUAAGCCGCAUCGCCUUUCACCAAAUCAAGAUACUGGAUUUAAAACUAAUUCUGGGCAUCGUCAUGAAAAACGUUGGAAUCAAAGAGGUGGUAAUAAAAACAAUUGGCAUAAUAGUAAACGAGAAUAUUCACCUGCCAGGGGACAUCAUACUCAAAACCAUAAUGAUUGGAAUUAUAAUAAGGAAUCUAAUGAAAGAGAAUAUCGUCAUGAUUCAUACAGAGAAGAAUACCGCGAUCAAAGAGCUUCCCACAGAUCUAAACCAUACAAAGUUCCUAAUAGAGAUUAUUUAGAACAAAAACAAAGUCGUGAUAAUAGGUCACAAUCACAAGAUAAGACUAAUGAAGAAUUUCCUUUACCUAGAAGGCAAGGUAACGAAGUACCAGAAUGUCAAAUAAUUGCUCUUGAAGAAGUUGAUCGAGAAGCAAAUAUUUCUGUUCAUACACUUCAUUUAUCUAGAAAACUUCAAAUUCAAGCAGUUGUUCGUCAAAUGAUUGUAGAAGGAGUACAUGCUGUCAUCUUUUUGGAAAGAGUUCUUGCAAUCAACGGCAAGGUUAAUAUGCAAAUUUUUGAACAUCAACGUUUUCAAGACAAUGUAAAAUAUGAUGAAUAUAACAGCAUUAAAAUAGAAGAGGCAGUCGGAUUAUUGUUGCGAGCUCGUGUUUCAUCAGUUUCUGUUAAUAUUCGACCACUAGAUAAUAUAUUAAUGGGUGGGCAACAAAUUCUAUCCCAAACACAACAAGCUGCCCCAGUUACGGAACAAUCGAAUGCAGCCAAUAUUAAUCCAAACUCAUUAAAUAACGUUAAUUUUGCUGCACUUGCCAAUUUGCUUGGUAGUUUGCAACAAAAACAACCAACAGGUCCCCAAAAUGUUCAUUCUAUUCAAGGAAUACAACCUAUGCAAUUAGUUCCACCUAAUACUAAUUUACAACAUCAGCCAGGGUUCAUACCUGUACAACAGCAAAAUUUUGAUAUACAACAAAUACUUAGACAUUUAGCACCUGCAAAUACUUCAAAUCAACAGCCAUAUAUGCAGGUACCCCCACAUAAUCUUACACAACAGUCUACUACUUAUAACACUUCAAUGAUCAAUCAGCCUCAUGUUGUCAAUCCAAAUGUUAUGCUUCCUAAUACUCUUCCUUUAUCUCAACAUCAAUCCCAACAUGUUGCGCCAAAUUUACAACAAUUUUCUAACCAAAUUCCUGGUAGUUCUAAUGUAUCGGAUCUUAUGGCACAAUUCAAUAAUUAUAAUAACCAAUGUUAA